CGAUAAGUUAUUACGAACGUCACUAAUACUGUCAGAAAAUAAGGCAUUAUGUUGGUAGCUCCGCCUGUAGUUUGUGCGGUUGGUAAAGAUUUGCGGGUCGUUCUCUAAAAUGCAUAUGUGUGCGUGAGCUCAAAAAAUAUCUAUGGAGUGCCGUCUCUUACUCUUUUAUGCUCCAGUGGGUAGACACUUCUCAUACAAAAACUAGUCUCUAUAUGUAGCAAUUGAUAUACAACCUUAUCCCUUAAGCAAUAAAGUGCAUUUUGGAUUGAUUUUACUAUAGCAGGGGAACCCGCGGAUCAAUACCACCAUACUAAAAAUAAUUGUUAGUGUCCUUAUGUUGGUAGUAUUGUUAGUUUGACAAAUGAAAAAAAAUGUCUGUCAAUUGAGUUUGAGUUUUUAACCGGCGAAUUGAUUCGUGUGAAGUUAUUUUCUCAGAUUUGGUGCAAUAUUACUGUAAAUAAACUUUUCUGUCGUUUACGUUGAGUUGAUUAAGUUCCUCCGUAUCGGGCGUGAUAAAGUUUGCUGUUCAGUGUUAUGUUUUUUGUGAGAUAGAGACUCUUUUAAAUAAACUGUGUUUCAACUUCUACAGAAGUUUAAACUCUUAUUUACUUUUCUGUUUAAUGGGCUUCUACUGAUAAUGGAGAGUAGAAACAACAAGAAGUGCGUUAUUUGUAAUAAGAGGCGAAGUCGUGGUGGAUCACCCUUACUUUUGAGUAGGUUUCCUCUGGAUUCUGACCGUUGUCGAAUGUGGGUUAAAAAUGCUGGCAUAGAAGACUUAGCAUAUGUACCUAUUGAAAAGUUACACCAACUGAAGUUUGUUUGUGGUGGGCACUUCACUCCUGAAUCCUUCAAUGCCAAAGGAACUCGGCUGAAGAACUCAGCUAUUCCAACACUGGAAUUGAGCAAUCCCAUCUUGCCAGAUGAAGUUUUGACAGAGUUUCCUCUUCAUGUAAAAGACUCCAAUAAAGAAAACCUCAAGACAGUUCUUUAUGAUCAUUCAUAUUGCAUUCCAAAGAAGUCAAAUCCAGUUGAACGAGUUCCCCUUACAACUACAACCAAACAACUAAAUUCAACAUGUUUGGGAGCUGUGGAUAUACCAGAUUCUGGUAUUUCUGCGAAAACAACUUUUGAACCUCUUCCUUCUACUUCCAAUGCACCAGAACAUAUGACCUAUAAACCCAUUACUCAUGAUGAUAAAAACAUUUGCCAUCAAGAUGCACAGGCAGAAAUAUUAGUCCACAGUUAUAAAAGACCUAAGAAAAACAUUGAAAUGAAAGACACUUCAUCAACAUUUACAAUUAAAGAGAAGAGGCUUUGGCAACAGUUACAAAAUGCAAAAAAAAACAAUAAGGAAUAUAGCGAAGGUAGUUGCAGAAGAACACAACAGAAAUUUUUUAAAUAUUAAAAAACUGAAUAGUACCAUUGUAAAUCCAACAUUCAAAACUAAGAUGAGGGUGAAGUAUGCUGCGCAUGCUCUGAGUAAUACCGUGGCAGCUAUUUUAAAAAUGAUGGCAUGGAAAGAAGUUUCUGAUUGCAAUGAUACAGCAUUUGUGAUUGAACAGUUAGAUAAACUAUUUGAUUGUACAAAUGGUCCAUCAUCUUUAAAUGACGUAAAGAAAGGGAUCCGGGAAAAUGUUUCCACAUCAAGUAAUCACAUUGAGUCUUGGACCUUUUAUACUGAUAAGUUAAAAACCAUAAAAUUUAUAACAGCAGAAAACACGAUACUAAAAAAUGUUAAAUGCGUAAAGGGAUAUCAAAUAUCUAUCAAAUCCUUAAACGAUAUUUGGGAAAAGUUAAAGAAUGAAGGGUUUAAAUAUAUGAACCUUAGACAGUUUAACCAAGACUCUCUGGAAAACUUAUUUGGAAUCAUUAGGCAACACAGUGUAACCAAUAGAAAUCCCACUAUCACGCACUUUACUGCAGCGCUUAAAACAAGCAUGGUUACUGGGCUGAAAGUGCCUCAUAGCAGAAGUGCUAAUUGUGAAGCAGACAACAAUAAACAUAUGCUGGAAUAUAAAGACAUUUUAAAAACUAAUUUAAAAACAACAGAAAUAAAAAUUAAUGUUCAAGAUUCCACAGACACUGAAUUUUAUCCUGUGUUGUCUAUCCCGGACCCUGAAAACUUAGAACAGCCCAUUGAAAAUUUGUGUAGCCUUGAAAACCAACCAGUAGUAUAUGUAAGCGGGUAUUUAGCUGCCAAACUAUUACAGAACAGUUCUUGUUUAAUUUGUGAAGAGUGUUUGAGCGUGAAAACUCCUGUUGACAAUGAUUUGUAUGCAUAUAUAUCUCUUCGCGAAUGGUGGCAUGAUAAAAAAAGUCUCGUUUAUCCAACAAUUCAAUUAUGUACCACCGUAAAUGAAGCUAAACAAUUUUAUCAUGACCAUAUUGCCGACCAGAUAUAUAUGGAAAAUGUUGGAAAAUUCAUUUUCUUAAUGUUGAGUACAAAUUGUAAUUUUAGUUGGUUUAAAUGUCAACAACAUAAUAAAUAAAUUUAUGAUAAGAUGUUUAAAAUAUUAAGUUACCUUUUUCUAAGAAAAAGUUGU